GAUGCUGGUCACCGUGCCAUCAUGUUCAAUCGAAUUGGUGGGCUCUCAAAUGAUGUGUACAAAGAGGGACUACACUUCAGAGUGCCCUGGUUCCAGUAUCCUAUCGUAUAUGAUAUUCGUGCGAGACCUAACCAGGAUCCUGAUUAAGUGUUGAUG